AUGCGGAGAUUUUCUAAGGCUCAAUUGAAAGAGAUAACACUUGGUUUAGGAAAAAGUAAGCCAAGAUUCUUGUGGAUUGUUAGAAGUGAAUUGGACUCAGAAGAGCUCAAUUUGGAAGACUUGUCACCAGAAAGGUUUUUGGAGAGGACAAAGGAAAAUGGAAUGGUGGUAAGAAAUUGGGCUCCACAAGGUGCAAUAUUGAGUCAUGAUUCAAUUGGUGGAUUUGUGACUCACUGUGGAUGGAACUCGGUGUUGGAAACAAAUUUUGAAGGUGUGUCUAUGGUGGCAUGGCCUUUGUAUGCUGAACAAAGUCUGAACAACAUGAUAUUGGUUGAAGAAAUGAAGGUGACUUCGGAACUGAACAAGUCAAAAGAUGGGUUUGUGAGUGGAAUUGAAUUAGAAGACCGAAUUAAGGAAUUGAUGGACUCAUAUAAAGGAAAUGAGAUUAGACAAAUGAUUUUCAAGACAAAAUUAAGUUCUAAGGAAAUAAGUGAUCAAAAUGGAAGUUUAUUUGUUGAUUUAACCAAGUUGAUUCAAUUGUUCAACCAAAAAGAAACAACACCAUCUAGUUGA